AUGAAGAACUCGAAGCUGUUGUCGUCGGAGAGCAAUGCUGUCACGUCGAUCGACGUGAGAGGUUUACCUAGUGCGCACAAAGAGCUCACUCGAAGGACAGAGGCUGUGGUAGAGGUUGUAUCGGCUGUAUCAGUUAAUGGUAUACUAUAUCACAAGAGCUGCUUCAAAUGUUGCCAUGGAGGCUGUGUGAUUAGCCCUUCCAACUAUAUUGCCCAUGAAGGGCGUCUUUACUCUGAAACAGUUGAUCGUGUCUUAGCUUUCUGCUAUCAUGUCUACCUGUCUCCUAUAUUCAAGAAUCUGAAUGUGCUACGCGUUAUUUCAUUGAGAUCGGAUUUACAGAGUGAAUUGACUGAAUUACCCUCAUUGGAGAAUCACCGACGGCGAAGGGAUGAAGGGGGUGGCGAAAAUGGGAUGAUGAAAUGUGGUUAUAAUUGCAAAUGUGGCCAUAUUUGA